UUUUGAGUAUUUCUACCAGGUCCAGUGUGUGCCGAGCGGCAGUGUUUCUGCUAGCACCUGCCAGUGCCACAUAGUCAAGCCCAAAUUUGGUGCAUUUUCAUACCACCUCGGUCUAAACGAUGGCCCAUUACGAAGAAGUAACCGUGCGUGGGUAUGAUGAAUUCUGUCAGGCUGUGUCUGAAAGAAAAGGGAAGGAUAUUUUUGCUUAUUUCUCUGGUGAUAAAGACGCCCAAGGAAAGAGCUGGUGUCCAGACUGUGUGAAAGCCGAGCCAGUUGUAAGAGGAGAGAUGACUCAUCUUCCCGAGGACUCUGUCUUCAUCUACUGUCAAGUUGGAGAGAGAGCUUAUUGGAAGAAUCCAAAUAAUGACUUCAAGAAGACUCUGAAGUUGAGUGGAGUUCCCACCCUACUGAGAUAUGGCACACCUCAGAAGUUGGUGGAGGAGGAAUGCUUCAAAGCAGAACUGGUGAAGAUGAUGUUCACUGAGGACUGAAGGGAUCCCGUGCUGCUCACAUCACUCAUAAAUCCUUCGAGAUUUCUUCACUGUUAAACAGUGAAUCUCAUUCGCCGCUGUUCAAUUGUCAGCACUACUGCAUUAUUGAAUAUUGAUAAUCAUUGACGAGAUGCAUCUCCCACUGUAAUUUGAUGCAAAUUAGCAACUGUACAACUAAACUAAUGAGCAUCAUUGUAAUACACAGCUAUUAAAUUAAUUCUAUAGUGGAAUAACACAGAAUGGAUGUAAUUCAUACACAUUUUUCUUGUUCUGCUUUAUGUGCAAUCAGUACAUCCCGAAUUGUAAUUUGUGGUUGAUACAUUUCUUCCUCGCAGUUAAAAGAGUAUCUUGGGGAAUUUUUUUUUUUUUUUUUUUAAUUGUGACCAUUUUUAUGUGAUUUCUUUUGACUUGAAUAAAGUGAUGCUUGAUGUUGAA